GUACCCAGAAGAAACGAAAGGUAUGAUCGCUGCUCAUUUGAUAUGGGCCACCAUAUGGGCCACCGCGGACGCCCAUAAGUGAAAGUUUAUCCGAAGUUUAUCCGACCGCGCGACUUCACAAAUAUCCGCAUACCAUGCGAACAACUUCCACAAACGAGUCGGCCCCCGUGCUUAACGUCGAUUCCCCGCCUUCCAUCUUGCUUUCUCGUAGCCCGGCAUGGACGAAUCUUCAGGCCGCGGGCAUAGGGAGAAAAAGCCAACUGACAAGGUCAAAGAGCAAGUAUCAUCCAAGAUAGACAAGAUCGAGGACGACAAGGUUGUGAUUCUGCCCACAUACAUUGCGCCCAACGACCCCAAGUUCUUCCAAGAGCAGAAAGAAGUUCCCAAGAUAUACGACCAUACGAAGAUCGCACCCAAUGGCGACAAGAUUGACUUUUACUCUCUAGGCACACAUGUGGAGAGCAAAGAAAAGCGAUAUUAUGUCCGCGCAAAGCGAGAUCCCGAAACCUUGUACUUCCACGCGGCCGAAGCGCCCCCUCAAUACGCGCGACUCAGCGACGAGAACCAUCCACAAUGCGGCGUCGAGGGCCUCAAGAACGUCUUCACCAAAGACAUGUUAGGCAAGAGUGGGGAGUUUGGCAGCUACACGACUCGAGCCAACGUGUUUGCACGCGAAGGCAAGUUUUUCUUCGAGGCAAAGGUCAUCAGUCUGGCGCCUCCGGGCAGAGAAGCGCCCGACCGCGCUCUGGCAGACACACAGAAUCCGGACCGGACAGCCACGAACCGCGGUGGACUUCGAGUCGGCUUCUGCAGGCGGGAACACCACUGGAGUGAAAAUCUAGGCGGAAACGCGUACAGCUAUGCCGUGGUGCUCCGAAGCGGGCGGUCGCGGGAAUACGGGAGCGUGCGCUUCAACACCAUGAUGUACCACAUGCAGGGCGAGGACCCCGAAGACCUGUCUCCAGGAGAUGUGGUCGGGCUUAUGAUCACGCUCCCGCCGCUCGAGGUACACCAAAAAGUUGUCCAAGGCACUUUUAAUCCAGCCGACUAUCCCCAUUUAAAAUGCGGCCCUGCCGUGAUCAAGAAAAAGUCGGGAGGAGCGGGAAAGAAGACCGCCAAGGGCGGUGGCGGAAGUAAACCAAAGGAUGGCGAUCAUCAUCUCGGCGGAAAGAGCAGCAAAGAAGACACGCAUCACCGAAAACCCAACAACAACACUCGCAGCGCCAUCCGGAGCGCAUUGCGCCCUCUUGCCGGCCACGCGGUCCCCGCCGACACCGACAUCAUUCGCGACCGCAACCCCUUUCUUCACAAGGGCAUGACCUACUUCGAAUGUCCCGAAUACACGCCCAACCACGAUCUCAGCCGGCCGACAUUAAACUCGAAAAACAAAUCCGUCAACCCAGAGACAGGCAAGAAAUACGACCUGGUCACCGACCCGCAUCCGAACCACGAACUGCCACAUUUGCGUACGCUUCCGGGAAGCAAGAUCGAGCUCUGGGUCAAUGGGAAAUACCACGGCGUCAUCUGGGAGCACCUCUUUGCCUUUUUGCCUCCUGCCUCCUCCAUCGAAAAGGGCAGUCGCGCAGUCACGGGCCAUGGCGACGUCGACGAUGGUCUGUUGGGCUACUACCCGGCUAUCAGUCACUACACGGGCGGGGCGAUUGAAUGCAAAUUCGACGAGCCGUGGUGGUACGGAUACAGCCAGGACCCCAGCGGGCCCCAUCACCCCGAUGCUCGUCCCAUCGGCAACCGGUAUCAGGAACAGAUUGUCGAUGAUAUGGUCAAUGACCUGGUCGAUGAGAUCUAUCAGGAAAAAUUGUACAAUGACCCGGAAUGGAUGAAGAAACGAGUCUUGAAUGCCGCCCAGCCCGCCAAUCUUCAACACGGCUGAAUUGAAUUAUCCAGACAGACACGUACUGUAUGAGGCAUGACUGUUAUGGUAGGGCCACGUUUUCAUGACGUUUCGUGGUAUUGUAUCAGGACACUGGCAUUUUCAUUCCGGGACCAUCGGCUUGUUCUUAGGAGCAAGCCAGUACAGGCAGGCGGUUUGAGGCCCCGGCAAGUAGUGGCGUGCUCCCGCGGUUAGGGAAAACACCGUGUUUCAGGUUCUGGACAGGCUGCAGUGGGCUGGCAUUCGGUUAUUAGCGGGGUCAAGGUCGAAAAGUUGUUUUGUACUGUAGUAGCAUAGUGAGAUACCCUUUCAAGUUCUGCAUCAUGAUGGAUGGAUAGAGAAUGGUAGUACCUUGAUUAUUCGUUCUAUCUGACUCAACAAGCCAUUGCUCAGACAAGAGGCUUGCAACGCGCACAACUCGAACUCAAUUGGAGUCCGAGCUAGACAAAGGAGAAUGCUGUUGAGGCCUCGAUUUUGUUCACCACAGCAGCACCAGGCUUGUGCAUGGCACUCAGUGCGUGGAAGGUCAAUCUGGGAGGGAGGCAUGCCGGUGGAACAUGCCGCCUUCAUUAUUCCUCACUCGGCCUGCACUGCAGCCCACGUUGGUGGUCAUCCCGCCGAGUUCAUGCUGUUGGCGGCGUAAACGAACGAGCCAACCAGCCAACAGGGUCUGGAAAGCAGUGACCAGGAUAAGAUACUGUACAGACCUACUCAUGUAGUUUCAUUAUUGCAAGCCACUCACCACUGAAGUGACACGGCGUCAGAUAAUGCUAAACGUUGCCAGUGGCUGCAAUACUCUAGUACUCACUCCCCCUUGAUCCUGUUCAUGGGGGCCGGAGUCUAGAUGGAGGUCGUCGGUCCAUUCAGCUCGAGAAAGAGAGACCCCUGCAAGGACCUGAUUGAACUCUUCGAGGGAGCCAGCCUUAUCUUUUCGUUCCAGGCCUCAGCUUCCAGCUACUAGUACCUUACCUUGCCUACCUUAUGCAAGCCAUGGGAUAUUUUUCAAACAAGCAAUUUUCGACCAGACCAGGUCAUGCACACACCAUCGAGGUCGAGAAGCCACCGCUAGGAGCUAAGAUGCAGUGUCUUCUGCUAUUAGUACCAUGGGCGUGGUGCUGCCGGGGCCUGGCCUGGCAGCUCGUCGAUCGAAGCCAAGAACAGAAAGCAGCAUUCUUCACCACUGGCAGCAGCAGCCAGUUUCUGAACGCGCGUGUAUGCUCGGUCCUGCCGUCGAAAACGAUAGCCUUCCGGCUCGUCGGUGAAGAUUGCUAGGAUCCGGGUCUCUCCUCUGGGCCAGCCACGGGCUGACUCAACCCAUUUGUGGCCCAGGAAGCUGUCCACAUCCCGAUGCUGUGCAACCGAGCCAGACUUUGGGCUUUGUUCGUGUCUUGUCCUGAAUGGUGGACGUGGUGGUUAACACAGGACGCAGGCAGGCGGUCUGCAUGACAGGUCACGAUAGCCUAUUGGGACUUUCCACCAAACAUAGCCUAUUAGAUAGUGACUCAAAGUCAGACUCAGCCCUCAAUACAAGCUGCAUUUCCUCGUCA